GACGGGCUUAAUCUGUUAGUUACGUAUCUUCGUCCUCUGACUCCGCAUCCCCACAGUCAAGUUUCCAUAGCACAGAUUUCAUGGGACUGCAGGGAUGCUGUGAAGAGGAAGUGUUUAUUUGGCUCCACAUUCACAAAUAGCCAUUGAAGGUUGUAUUCUCGGACGAACAGAAGUAUGGUCCUGCAGACCGUGUUCCGCGCGGUGAUCACCGGGGCCCCGGGCUCGGGGAAGGGGACCAUGUCGAGUCGGAUAGUGCAGAGUUUCGGACUGAAGCAUCUCUCCAGUGGAGACAUGCUGCGGGCCAUUAUCGAGGCGAAGACCGAUUUGGGUGUCCUGAUGAAGUCGUGUAUCGAUCAGGGUCAGCUGGUUCCCGAUGACGUUAUCUCUCGCCUCGUCCUGUCCAGUCUGAGGGGUCUGGAGCAGAGCAGCUGGCUACUGGACGGUUUUCCUCGGACCGUGGCUCAAGCCGAGGCCCUGGACAGCGUGUACGAUGUGGACUCUGUUAUAAACCUGGACGUGCCUUUCCAGACCAUCCGAGAGCGUCUGACGUCUCGCUGGGUGCACCUUCCCAGCGGCAGGGUCUAUAACAUAGACUUCAACCCGCCCAAGAAACCAGGUCUUGAUGAUGUCACAGGAGAACCGCUGGUCCAGAGAGACGAUGACCGUCCCGAAACUGUGUCCAGGAGACUCAAGGGCUAUGAGAGACAGACACAACCCGUUCUAGAGUAUUACAGGAGUAAAGGAGUAUUGGAGACCUUCUCAGGAACUGAAACCAACAAGAUAUGGCCUCACGUCCAUGCCUUCCUGACCAGGAAAAUCCCAGGAAACCAGCAGGCUGUGGGAAAAGCGUGAUUGCACAGCCACCUUGAGGACUGAAGUACACUGCUCGACUCGAGCACAAUGCACCUCUGUGGCCUUAAGCAGUAUAUUUGCCGAAGCCUUUGGUGUGACCAUGUCUUUUUAGAGAAUAUUAGCACCAAACUAAAGGUUUAUGGUCAAACUUUAGUCUCAUGAGCUCUAGCGCUGCCAUCUUAAGCAGCCAGGCAUGCUAAGAUUAAUAGUUGAAUCCACAGCUAAUCAUUUUCAGCAUUACAUUUGCCAGAAUUGACCAACACAUACUCUUUUUUUUUUUUUUUUUCCCUUCUUUUAACUGAAGUGGCUGCAAAGUCGGGACACAGCAGCUCCAAAACAUUCUUGUUUAUUAUCCAUUUUAAUAUUAUUAAGAUUUGUGCAUACUAAAGAAUUAAAGUAUUAAUUUUAAAAAAUCCCAGAUUAAUGUAGUGCAAAAGUAUGAUUUAGACCUGAUUUUUGAAUGUUCUGAUAUUUUUUUUUUUGGGAAACCACUGUGGCCUUAAUUAGUAAAAACACUAAUUAGGAGUCUGAUGAUUGUAGAACAUAUGAAUGAACCAUGCUAGAGUUAUUUUUUGCAUAUAUAAAUGUGUAUUUUUUAAUUAAGAAAGUUUUGCAUAAUAGGGUACAAUGAUUAAUAAAGGGAAAGAUUUUAGAUUGUUUUUUUCAGGAAAGUCCUUUUGUUUUGAUAAACUGUGUGGUUAUGAAGGCCACAAAUGAAGUGCAAAGUGUUAAUUUGUUUAUGCAUUUAAUUUGUGGCACAGGUUGUGAAUAACUGUAUAAAUUGUACAGACAAAAAAAAAAAAAAACCCUGCUCUUGCAUAAAACGAGUAAUGCAAAGCAUGCAUUUCAGAAAGCAGGUCAUGAGCUUCCUUCAAGUUCUUUGAAACAACUGCAAUAAACACAGUGAAGCUCGA